UCUCCAUGUCCCAUGUCUGCUCCCUCUUUGGCGAUGCCCACGCUCACUAUGACACCUGCCCGGCUUGCAGUCCCCACUCAGACCUCUACGUUACCGUCCAGGUCUGGGCCGGCUCCAAGCCCCUCACUGUUCCCGUCCAGACGGCCUACAAGUCGUUCCGGACCGAGAGAAGAUGGAACGAGUGGCUCACGCUCCCUAUCCCGUACUCGUCUCUGCCGCAAAACUCCCGCCUGGCCAUCACCAUCUGGGACUUGUCCCCGGCUGGCGGCGACGGCGCAAAGGGCCAUGCAGUUCCCUUUGGCGGGACGACACUCCCGCUGUUCGACAAGGACAACCAGCUCCACAAGGGCCGCCAAAAAUGCCAUGUCUACAGGCACAGGGAAGCCGAUGGCAAUGACGACUCACGAACUCCAUCCUUCCUCCCCAGGAGGCAGGCGGUGAAGGGGGCACCCGAAGACCGGGAAGCCGAUGAGCUGGACCGGAUGGAGAAGUUGUUCAAGAAGCACGAGAUGGGCGAGAUUCCCCGCGUCGAUUGGCUUGACCAACUCGUCUUCCGAGGCUUCGAGAAGCGCGGCCUGCAGUCUGCCAGGUCAUCCCGGAAGGCGGCCCAACGGCGGCAAGCGGCCCAGGCCGAUGGCGUAGGGGAAAAGGCAGACACAGAAGCCGACUCUGGCCCGCAACCGUCCAGUUUCAUGCUCAACGUUGAGCUGCCGAGGUUUGAUUUCCCGGUUGUCUUCGCCGACCACGAAUAUCCGCCGCCUCCGGUGUCGUCCUAUCUCCAGCUCUCUUCGUCCCAAUCAAACGUCAUCCUGAAACCGCCGCCGGAGGUCCAAUUCGGCCCAGGUAUCAAUGCCGUUGGUGACGACGAGGGCUACGGCGGUCGCCUAAUCCCGGUGUACGACCCAGAGGUUGCGGCGAAGGACAACCCCGCGGAAACCAAGCAUCGGAGGCUCGUGCGGAGCCAGCACCGCAGCGGCAACAUGGAUAAGGACCUGAAGCCGAACGCGAAGGUCCGAGACGAACUCAACACGAUCAUGGCGUACUCUCCGACCCACACGCUGACGCCUGAGGAGAAGGACCUGAUCUGGAAAUUCCGCUACUACCUAACCCGUAACAAAAAGGCGGUCACCAAGUUUGCCAAGUCGGUCAACUGGCAGGACGUGUCGGAGGCAAGACACGCUGCUCAGAUUCUCGGGAUGUGGACGGAUAUUGACGUCGAUGACGCCUUGGAGUUGCUCGGCCCUACCUUUGACAGCCCGGCUGUGCGCGCCUUUGCUGUCGACCGCCUGCGCAAGGCUGACGACCACGAGCUACUGCUGUACCUGCUGCAGCUGGUGCAGGCGCUGAAAUACGAACACAUCUCGCCGCAGUCCGGCCACGAGGUGACACAAGAUUCGUCGCUCGCUCGCUUCCUCAUCUCGAGGGCUGUCAGCAGCUUCACGCUCGGCAACUACUUUUGGUGGUACGUGAUGGUCGAGUGCGACGACAAGUCGCAGGACCAAGGACCGCACAACCAAGCGGUCUAUGGCAAGAUUGCGUACGACUUCAUGACGGAGCUCGUCAAGCAGCCAGGCGGUGAGGAGACGCGGGCGACGCUGCGAAGACAGGCCGAGUGGAUAUCGAUCCUCUCCAAGAUCUCGGGCGAGAUCAAGGCGUCCAACGAAUCCAUCGCCAAGAGGACCGAGCGGGUAAAGCACUUCUUAGCCGAUCCCAAAAACGAGCUCGUCACCAUCGACCCGCCGCUUCCCUUGCCGCUAGACCCGUCCGUAGAGAUCAUCGGCGUCGCACCUGAAGAAACGGUCGUCUUCAAGUCGUCGCUGCAUCCGAUCAAGGUCUCGUUCAAGACGACUGCCGGCCGCAAGUACCCCAUCAUCUUCAAGACGGGCGACGACCUCCGCCAGGACCAGCUGGUGAUCCAGAUCAUCACGCUCAUGGACGACCUACUCCGAAAGGAAAACCUGGAUCUGAAGCUGUCGCCGUACAAGAUCCUGGCGACGAGCACCAGCGCGGGCUUGUCGCAGUUCGUCCACUCCAUGAGCUUCCAGGCGAUCACGUCCAAGUACCGCAACAACCCGGCGCUCUCCUACCUCAAGCAGAACAACCCGGACAGCCACGGGCCCCUGGGCCUUCGGAAAGAGACCUUGGACACGUUCAUCAAGUCCUGCGCCGGCUACUGCGUCAUCACCUACAUCCUCGGCGUCGGCGACAGACAUCUCGACAACUUGCUGCUCACCCCCGACGGCCAUUUCUUCCACGCCGACUUCGGCUACAUCCUCGGCCGCGACCCGAAGCCGUUCGCGCCGGCCAUGAAGCUGUCCAAGGAGAUGGUGGACUGCAUGGGCGGCGCCAACUCGGAGCACUACCGCCAGUUCAAGCAGUACUGCUUCCUCGCGUACAGCGCGCUGCGCAAGAACUGCAACCUGAUCCUCAACCUGUUCUCGCUCAUGGCCAACGCCAACAUCCCGGACAUCAAGCUCGAGCCGGACAAGGCGGCGCUCAAGGUCAAGGAGCGCUUCCACCUGGAGCUGAGCAGCGAGGAGGACGCCAUCCGGAACCUGGAGAGGAUCAUGGACGAUAACCUCAAUGCGCUGGUGCCGGUGGUGAUCGAUAAGUUGCACGAGCUGGUGCAGGCGUUCCGGGCUUAGGCGGACGGGGUAUGUUUGGUAUGGGCUGGACUGGUCAGGUCACUUUGGUUUUUCUGUCACUGCAGGAGUUAUAGAGUCAGUGGGAGGUUGGUCUUUUAGCGGAGUUGGGCGCAUCCUCAUCCUCUUGCAUGGA